AUAGGCGUCACAGUUCCAAGAAACGAGAACACUGAAACGUCCAAGUUUCCAACAAAGCAAAUACAUUCAUUCGUGUCCCAGUAUUUAUUCUUUAUUAGCCUAUCACAGCACGAGAAUGAGGGCACAAAUCCAAAAGGUACCACAGAUAGUAGAAUUGUUAAAAAAGAAAACGGUUGGUUUGCAGCACUUCAAGCCAACAUCUUCAGUGUGCGUCCUGAACCCGAAGGAUGCUACAUUGGUUGCGCCUUGUCGACACAGUCUUCCCUCGCAGACUCAGAGCCUGGACUCGAUACCUGGACCCAACAACUGGCCCUUAUUUGGAAGUUUGAUAGAACUGCUACUCAAAGGAGGGCUGCAAAGACAACACAAUGCAUUGAUUGAUUACCAUAAGAAAUUCGGAAAGAUUUUCCGGAUGAAACUCGGCUCCUUUGAAUCGGUCCAUAUUGGCGCACCUUGCUUAGUGGAGGCACUCUACAGAAAGGAGAGCGCUUACCCACAGCGUCUGGAGAUCAAACCCUGGAAAGCAUACCGAGACUUAAGAGACGAGGCAUAUGGACUUCUUAUUCUGGAAGGGGAAGACUGGCAGAGGGUGAGAAGCACGUUUCAGCAGAAAUUUAUGAAACCCACAGAAGUCGCGAAACUUGAUGGAAAAAUAAACCAGGUGUUGGCCGAUUUCGUUAGUAGAAUUGGGAAAGUGACUGACAAUGGACAAUUUGUGGACUUGUACUUCGAAUUGAAUAAAUGGUCAAUGGAGACCAUUUGCCUCGUGCUCUACGACAAACGCUUCGGACUUCUGCAUGACAAUGUCAAUGAGGAGGCUAUGACCUUUAUCACAUCCAUAAAGACGAUGAUGAGCACAUUUGGCGCCAUGAUGGUCACGCCAGUGGAGCUCCACAAAAAACUGAACACCAAAACAUGGCAGGACCACACCACGGCAUGGGACCGUAUAUUCAGUACAGCCAAAAUCUACAUUGACAAGAAGAUAAAGAGCCAUGCAGGGGCAACAGGGCCCAGUGACGACUUCCUGUGUGACAUCUACCGCCACAGUGACCUGUCCAAGAAAGAGCUGUACGCCGCCAUCACAGAGCUCCAGAUCGGAGGAGUGGAGACGACUGCCAACAGCAUGCUGUGGGCUAUUUUCAACCUCUCCCGUAACCCCUGCGUUCAGAAGAAGCUGCUCCAAGAAAUCAGAGAGGUUCUGCCUGCUAGUCAGACUCCCAGUGCCAAGCACCUCCAGAGAAUGCCCUACAUCAAGGCCUGCCUCAAGGAAUCCAUGAGGUUAUCGCCGUCAGUUCCCUUCACGAGUCGGACCUUAGACAAAGACACUGUGUUGGGGGAUUACUCCAUUCCCAAGGGGACAGUGUUGAUGAUCAACAGCCAUGCUCAGGGUGCCAAUGAGGAAUACUUCCACGACAGCAGCCGGUUUAAGCCAGAGCGUUGGCUAAAAGAGAGCAGUACCAUCAACCCCUUUGCCCAUGUGCCGUUUGGUGUUGGGAAGAGGAUGUGUAUUGGGCGGCGUCUGGCAGAGCUACAGUUGCAGUUGGCACUCUGCUGGGUCAUCAGAGAUUAUGAAAUUGUGGCGACAGAUAGUGAACCAGUUGAAACGAUCCAUUCGGGGACGCUUGUUCCCAACCGUGAACUCCCUGUGGCUUUCAUUAGACGAUGAGGCUUCAAACACAGAUCAUUUGGACCUCACUACAGAAAGAUAAUAGUUCUAGACCUGAAUGUCCAGAGAGACUCCCUUUAUUGCUGCUCUGUAAAUAACAAAGAGAAAAUAUCAGAUCUAAAUAUAUUUGUAUGUAAUCCUGUCACAUAUACCUCAAACUAAUAUAAAUUCAUUUAUACUAUUAACCAUGAGAGUUAGCCUACUUGUUGACCAAUAACUUUUAGCUUGUGUUGUAAGACAACUGCACUUUACUGCCCACUAAUCUUAAACAACUGUUCUUAUGUCGAAAAUGUUAAAUAAAUUAUGACUUUUGUAUA